AUGGCAGGGGCAUUCCGCAUCUUUGCUCACCUGGGCUAUGCGGAUGGUGGAAGUGGCCAUAUUAGUCUUCGAGACCCUGUGGAGCCUAGUACCUUCUGGAUCAAUCCCUACGGCGUCCACUUUGGACUGCUGCGCGUCUCAGACAUGGUCCGGGUUGAUGAGCACGGGAAUCGCGUGGGAGGGGCGGACCGUGCGAUCAAUAACGCUGGCUUUAUCAUCCAUUCCAUCUUACACCAGCGACGACCCGACGUCGUGGCUGCCUGUCACGUGCACAGCCCCUAUGGCCGGGCCUGGAGUACCUUCGGCCGCGACAUUGACAUGAUUAACCAGGACUCCUGCAUGUUCUACAAUGAUCUCGCCGUAUACCCUGCAUUUGGCGGAGUGGUAUUUUCCCAGGACGAAGGGGUGCGGAUCGCGGACGCUUUGGGACCAACCAAGAAAAACCUGAUCAUGCAAAACCACGGCCUACUCACGUGCGGCGGCACGGUGGCAGAAGCGGCGGCUUUCUUCAUUGCGCUGGAACGAGCCUGCCAGGCUCAGAUCAUGGUGGAAUCCAUGGUAGCACCUAACACAGUCGGGGCUUCCACCGGGCUGAAGAAAACCGUCAUCGAUGCGGAUGCCGCCGCGUACACGAAGCGAGGAACGGGCUCGCCCGAGGUCAUGUAUUGUCAAUUCAAACCGGAAUACGACCUGAUUCUACAGCGCUCGGGCGGGGACUUCUUGCUGUAA